CCCGUACUGAACGCUCGUGUUGGCCACGUCCCCGGGCCACGUCGCGCUGCUCUCGCCAUCUUUCGGUCGGGAAUAGCCGUCUUUAUUGCGCUGUUGGGAGAAAGCUCAGCACUUUGAAGUAUCGGACAGCCUGUCCACCAGAUACAUUUCAUUCACCCAUUCAUCAGCUCUAAAGAAACAUGAACAUUUUCAGACUGACGGGGGAUCUUUCCCAUUUAGCAGCCAUCAUCAUCCUGCUGCUGAAAAUAUGGAAAACCAGGUCGUGUGCAGGUAUAUCUGGAAAGAGUCAGAUUCUGUUUGCCUUGGUGUUCACCACGCGUUACCUGGACCUUCUCACCUCCUUCAUUUCCUUGUACAAUACCAGCAUGAAGGUCAUCUAUAUUGGAUGUGCCUACGCCACAGUGUACCUGAUCUACAUGAAGUUUAAGGCCACAUAUGAUGGCAACCAUGACACUUUCAGGGUGGAAUUCCUGGUCGUCCCAGUUGGCGGCCUGGCAUUCCUCGUUAACCAUGAUUUCUCUCCGUUAGAGAUCUUGUGGACCUUUUCCAUCUAUCUGGAGUCAGUGUCCAUCCUCCCUCAGCUAUUUAUGAUCAGCAAGACCGGAGAAGCCGAGACCAUAACCACUCACUACUUGUUCUUCCUCGGCCUCUACCGUACCCUUUACCUCUUUAACUGGAUCUGGCGCUUCUACAUCGAGGGCUUCUUUGACAUGAUAGCUAUCGUGGCAGGCAUCGUUCAGACAAUCCUUUACUGUGAUUUCUUUUAUUUAUAUGUAACAAAAGUGUUGAAAGGAAAGAAGCUGAGUCUGCCAGCUUAAGUGCCAAAGAGAGGGGCCCUGGCAGUCCACUGAAGGGCUCGGGACACCGCGACCACAGAGGACAAGUAAGAUGCCUGAGACGGAGUGCGAAAGAGAUCCAUUUCUGUUCAUCCUGAGCCCUCGUUCACAGCAAAUGCUCUGGAUUACAGCAGUGACCAGUCUUCUACAGUCUUCGUAUUCCUGUUUUACGCAUCUUGUCUUACCUUUUUUUUUAUUAUUCUGUAUAAAGGAAAAAGUUAGAAAAAUGUUUUCUACAUGCAAUGUGUAAUAUGAUUUGACUGGCAGCAUCAAAAAUGCCUUGAAUCUGGCAAUGUUAACAGUCAGGGACUGAUUCUUAUGAUGAAUAUUGAUUAUGUUUGUAAGAGUAUUUUCAAACUGAUUAAAUGUACACGUGUUUUCAAAAUGAUUAAGGAAAAGUUUGUUGGACAUCGCUUCUGAUACAAAAAGGGGGGGGGGGGGGUUUGCUCAAUUUCUUACUGCAAUAUUUCUUUGUUAAAGAAGGUGAAUCAUAAUACAGUGGUUACACAAACAGUGGUCUGCUUUUUCAUUUAGAUUAAAUGGAUCAAUCUCAAUAUUAAUUCAAUGUUUUUUGUAUUAUUAUUUUUAGUUAUAAAGCAGCUCAACACAUGGAAUCCACACCACUGUCUGUCAGCGUACAGUAUUGACACCGCCUUUAUCACUGGAAAAGGCACUGCAAAUCAGUUUUUAUUUUGAAUCCAAAAAAAAUUAUUAAAUCAAAUUUGUUCUGUUAUUCGGACUAAUUCACCCCCAAAUUCCAUUGAUUCCAUUUUUUUAUUUGUGUAAGCUGAUAGGAUGGAAUUUGCUGAAACUUGACCAGUGCUGCCCAUACUAGUAUCCUCAUGAUAUUUGUUUAUGAGCUGUAUAUAAUCUAUAAGAGAUUUGGUGGAAUGGGCAUAGUUCAAGAUUUUCACUAAGCAGACACCAUCCUUUUGCAUUUUAUUUAUCCCAACAAUUACCACUUUAAGAUUAUUUGUAGCCAGUUUUUGAUUUGUUUUUUAAACCACUUUUGCAUGAUAUCACAGCCUCAAAUAAAGAUUUUAUGGGAA